GUUUUUGGGACUUUCUACGAUGUCGUCCAAUCAUUACUGGGACACGGCAUUCGUCCUUGCAACGGUUGUAUUCUGCCUUCUGUACCGAACAAUCGGUGUACUUGCUCAGUGUUUCUUCCUAAACAAAUUCCGUCACAAAAAGUUUACAAAGAUCGAUCAACUCAUUCUAUCUUACGGAGGCCUUCGUGGUGCGAUCGCUUUCGGUCUGGCGAUUUCAAUUCCAUCAACAAUUAUGGCGAGGCAGAUGUUCAUCACCACAACGAUAGUCGUGAUUUUCUUCACUGUAUUCCUGCAG